UUUAAUACUUUUUGUUGGAACGCGCUGGCGGACGGUUUGGAGCCAUCCGAGUUCGCUGUGUCGGUGUAAAAAGAAAUUGCCAUUUAAAUUCGCAUAUUAGCAGCAAUGGGCAACGUGGACGACGACAGCGCCACCUUCGAGCAGAGCUAUGACUGCGCCAAUAACCGCAAUGAAAAGGUCUCCACUCCAAUAAGCAAUGGACACAUUCCAAGUCACGCGUUUGUACAGCAGAAGGUGGAGGGGCAGCUCAGCGAGCCGGAGCUGGUCGAGGAGGAGCAGAACGAGGAGCAGUUGCUGCUGAACAAACACCUCAAGUUCUCGGCACCGGCCUACACCGAAAUCCGCACGCGUUCCGGAGGCCUUAAAUUCAAGGGCACCAGCGAAGGCAGCUACCAUCCGGCCAAGCAGCUGGAGGCCAAUGGGCAUGCGACAAAGUCCGGCAGUAAGUGCGAGAAGUUCAAGCCAAGUCAAGCGGACGGUGUCUUGUCGGCGGAGCAGGAACACUACCAGAAGACGUCCUUUGAGGAUGUGCCGCUGCACACGGCCUGCCUGACCUAUUUGGGCUUCUAUCUGCUGAUGAUACUCGGCUACAUAAACCAGCUGCUGUUCGUGCCCAAGGUGGCCACGGAGAAGGGGCGCGAGGGCUAUGUGGCCCUCUACGAUGCCUUUGAGAGCUUCUAUUCGCGCUACGUGUACCGUCGUGUGCGCGACUGUUGGAAUCGACCCAUCUGCAGUGUGCCAGGCGACGAGCUGGUGCUGAAGGAUCGCGUAACGGACGACUAUGGCUGGAGCUUUAGAUUUACAGGGACCGAGACACGUUGCCUGAAUCUCGGCUCCUAUAACUAUCUCGGCUUUGCCGCCGCCACAGGAGCCUGCGCAGAUGACUCGGAGCAGCGUGCUCGCCAGAAGGGUCUGGCCUAUUGCAGCCCUCGCAGCGAGCUGGGCAACACGCAACUGCACAUCGAUCUGGAGCGACUGACAGCCCGUUACUGUGGCGUCGAGGAUGCGAUUGUCUUUGGCAUGGGCUUUGCAACGAACGCACUGAACUUGCCCUCGCUACUGGGCCCCAACUGUCUGGUUGUGAGCGAUGAGAAGAAUCAUGCCUCCAUUAUUCUGGGCCUGCGUCUGUCGGGAGCCACAACGCGCGUAUUUAAGCACAACAGCAUGCGGGAUCUGGAGCGUGUGCUGCGCAAUGGCGUCUGCUAUGGCAAUCCGAAAAACGGCGGCAAGCCCUGGAACAAGAUCAUGAUCCUAGUCGAAGGCAUCUUCAGCAUGGAGGGCUCCCUAGUGCGCCUGCCCGAGAUUAUUGCCCUAAAGAAGAAGUACAAGGCGUAUCUGUAUCUGGAUGAGGCCCACAGCAUUGGCUCCAUGGGUCCGACGGGACGUGGCGUUGUCGAGUACUUCGGUGCCGACCCCAAGGAUGUGGACAUUCUGAUGGGCACCUUUACCAAAAGUUUCGGCAGCGCUGGUGGCUACAUAGCAGGCUCCAAGAAACUGAUUGACUUCCUGCGCACAAACAGCCACGCCCAUUGCUAUGCCAGCUCCAUCUCGCCGCCCAUUGUACAGCAGAUCUACACCUCGAUGAGCAUCAUAAUGGGCGAGGAUGGCACCGAUACCGGCCGCAACAAGGUACAGCAGCUGGCCAGAAACACGCGCUAUUUCCGCAGGCGCUUGGCACAAAUGGGCGUCAUUACCUAUGGCCAUGAGGAUUCGCCGGUGGUGCCCAUGUUGGUCUAUCUCUUCUCAAAGAUUGGUGCUGUCAUACGCACGCUCACCACGCGUCAUAUUGCCGUAGUGGGCGCUGGCUUCCCGGCCACGCCUAUCAUGGAGGGUCGCAUACGCUUCUGUUUGUCGGCUGCGCACACCAAGGAACAGCUUGACUAUGCCCUCGACGUCAUCGACGAUGUGAGCGAGAACUUGGGUCUAAAGUAUUCCCGCAAACCGCGCGAUCCCAAGAUCAUUGAGUACUAGACUCUAAGCACACACAUGCACCACACAACACACACAUUUAGUACUUUAAGUAGAAAGUUGUCCUCAGUUAUUGGAACCAGCCCAAGGCACAAACUGUAUUCGGCACAGAACGAGUUUCAGCCGCCAGACUCGAGUCGUUGAUAUGGUGAAGCUAUUUACAAUGGACAUGUUGUUGUGGCUUAACUUUUGACUAAUCCCCAAGGGACUCUGCCUAAAACACUAAAAAGAAAUCGAUGAAACAGCACUACAACAACAUGCAUAGCUUUAUUAUGAUGAAAAUAAUAAUAAUAAUAACAAUAAUUAAUAACUAUUGUAUAUUUAGCAUUUAACUCUUCAUAGUUGUUAUGGUAUUUCGUAAUAUUUCCGAUGUCUUCAGCUGCUGCACAUAUUUUCUUCUCUUUUAAGUAGUAAGGAAGUGAAAAAUGUAUUAUGAUCAUCAAGUUUUUCAGUUAUACAAAUGCGUAUACUCUAUAAGCUAGCCAGAUUCCGCAGCUGCUCCAACAUCGCGCACCUCGCCUUAAAAGAUUCAAAAUGCCAAGCCAAACCAAAUGGAAAUAUUCAAAUGCAACCAGUUAACAUAAAAACUUAAAAGGCGUGGCAGUUCCAGAAAUAUAAGCAUUACUUCUAUGUUUGUGUAUAUGUA